CCAAAAAUCUCUAUGUGUCAAGAUUUUUGAGGAGCAGUGGACGGCAAGUGUACACCAAUAUUUUGGCUUUCACAAUGCUGCAGGAAGGCAAUUUAACCACGAACGAGUCCUGCAAGAUUCAUGAUGGCAUACUUUCACUCUUCUUGCCCAUUGGCUACAUUUUCAUCUUUUGCAUCGGUUUGCUCUGCAACACCGUCACCCUUUACAUAUUUUUUCUUCGGCAGCAUACAGACUCUUCCAUGGCCGUAUACAUGCGACACCUUACCCUGGCAGACACUAUGCUGGUCCUGUGUUUGCCUGUCCGGGUUUACUACCGCAACAAAGUAGGUCCUUUCUACUUGUGCAAGGUGGUGGGCAUCUUCUUCUACUUGAACAUGUAUUCCAGCAUGCUGUUCCUCAGCCUCAUCAGUCUGGAUCGCUACUUAAAAAUCAUCAAGCCUGUUUGGGUCUUCAGCAUCCAAAAGACCAAGUGGAGCCACAUGGCAAGCUACAUCGUCUGGGUAGUCCUCAUUUCAGGAAUGAUCCCCUUUUUGACAAACAACAGUCUGAAACAUCCGUGCGACAAAGUUUGCUUCCACUUCCACAGCAAGGGGACUGUCGAUGGGACCAUUAACCUGACAACAAUGGUGCUCUUCAUUGUUUUUUAUGUGGCCUUUCUUUGUUUUUAUGUGAAGAUCACUAAUAAACUCAGGGCUAUGUCCAUGGGUAAUGGUGACCCUAAGGCACAGAGUCGCAAAAAGAGGGUCAUUAUAAAGACUUUCUUGGUACCGUCCAUUUUUACUUUGUGUUUCUUGCCUUACCAUGUGAUACGGAUCCCAUACGUUCUGGCUCAGAUGAAUGUGAUCGGGGAUCUUCAUAGCCAACAACUGUUGCACAUCUUAAACGAGAGUACUUUGCUACUGUCUGCUCUAAAUAGUUGCCUGGACCCAAUUGUCUAUUACUUCUUAUCCAGUGCGUACAGGAAAACCAUACUCUGUACCAUUCAGGUCAAAUUUAAAAACAUGCAUGCUUUAAACAGAAGGAGAAUUAGCAUAAACCGCUCACUUCCUGAAAUUCAGUCUUAACGUGUGACUUUUCCAUUUGUGACUUUCGACGACUACAUGAAUCAGAUUUUGUAGAUUCAACAAAUUGAAAUAUUUAGUUAAUUUAGUUACACUGUAAAAAAAUAAAUGUAUUUUUACAGAGAAAAAACAGUAGAAUUUAACAGUAAUAUCACUUUUUGAUAGGAACAGGGGAAUUCCAUAAAAAUGCAUACAUUGACACCAAAUGUACAUUUUACCUGUUGUUCAACUGAUUAUAGGCUAUGUGUUACUGAAAAAAAAAGGCAUUUUCCUUUA